AUGUUCGACAAAUUCAAGCUGAGAAAGGCACCGCUCUCGUUGAGUUCCGUCAGCAAUGCUCUCAAGUCGUCGGGCCUGGCCACUUUAACCCCUGAGAUCCCGAAAAAGAGCUUGAAGUUGGCUAUAGGAGACCAGUUCGGCUUACCUAUUGAUAGCAUAGUUGCAGCAGCAUACGAUCCGGUGCAAUCGCUCUUGGUGGUGUCAACAACUAGAAAUUCGGUCCAUGUCUAUGGCCAAAAUAGUGUAGAGGUUGUGUUUGAACUUAAAACCUCGGGCGAAAUCCAGUUCCUACGCUUUGUCAAAGGUGUCUAUUUGGUGUGCGUUGAGACGAAAGGCAACAUCACCAUCCUUUCGCUCCAUUCGAAAAAAAUAUUGGGAACCUAUCUGGCACCCAAUGCAGUUACUUCUGUUGAGACAGAUCCUUCACUCGACUGGUUGGUGCUAGGAUUGGCCAAUGGCUCCUUGGUGUACUACGACAUCGAUAGACUUCACUUGACGCCCAUGAGAACAGAUAAUCUUCAGAAGGUUGUUAUGCCAAAACAGAAAAUGUCGCCUGUUCUUGCCAUUCAAUGGCAUCCAAGAGAUAUUGGAACCAUCCUUGUGACAUACUCUCAUUGUGCCAUUCAGUACCUGAUUGCUCUGGGCGGCAUCAAAAACACGUUCGUUUACUCUUUGACUCCAGAUUGCCGAGGUUUCGCUACCUCCAACAAUUUUGAAACAGGCGGGAAAAAGAAACUUUUUGGAUCAGCCAAAGAGGUAACCCCCCGUAUGACUGAGGCAUUGUAUCAUCCUAACGGUCUCCACAUAGUCACUGUCCACACCGAUGGAACUCUAGUGUUCUGGGACUGUAACGAUGGCACAUUGUUGGAGGCUAGAUCCAUCCAACAACGUAAUCUUCAUAAGAAGGGUGACUCUGUCUCUUGGGAAGAACCAGCGAACAUCACAGCUAAAUGGGUCACAGGUCAAGACCCAGAGCUAACUCAACUUAUUGUUUGUGGCGCGUUGUCCUCAAGUCCUGAUGUCGCAAAUGUCCUCGAGUUUGGCUACACUUUAAAGUAUACUCUCACAUCGCACGAAAAACAAGGUGACUUUUAUGCCAAGCCAGUAGAGGGUGAAAGACGGAUCUCCAUUCGUUUCAACAGAAGAUCGCAAGAAAAGGGUGAUCUUGAAUUCAUCCGGCUGAUCUUACCUGUCUCAGCUGAUUCUCAACCUUACUUUUCUGGUGGCCACAAUCCAGACGCACUCAUCCUCUUGUCGAAUUUUGGGGCUCUCUACUAUGUAUCAUAUCAGAAACAAGACUCAAAACCUCUCUUACCUCCUUCAUUGCUGUUGGUCGCACCGCCCUCUACUUACAGCACCGUCAUUUCAGUAAAGAGAAUCGAAUGGUUUGGAGUCAUUCCAGCCAGCAAAUCGCAGUCAGUGUCAAACACACAUGUGGUGAGUGGAGGAGCUCCAGUAAAUCGUCACUACCCGAGAAGGCUAGGAACAAUGGAGAACUUCGUGGAUGUUCUUGUCAGUGGUCAUGAAGACGGUUCUAUCAGAUUUGUUGAUGUGACUGAUGGUGACCAUCAAGGACAGACCCAAGAGAUGGAAAUCAACUUAAAAUCUACGCUUUUCAAUGGAAUGGAAUCUUCUUCUUUUAGAGUGAGGGCCGUUUCGCCUAGUUUUGAAUGCAAGCAGGUCGCUGUGGGUUUGGCAAAUGGCAAUGUGGCUAUAUGUAAAUUCGCAAAAUCAACUGGCACCUUGUCACCAACUCCACCAAAGGCCGACUACCUGGACUGUCCUGUUUUACAUGAUGAUGGCUCUGCUGCAAUUGUUGAUAUGUCGCAAAAAGUUGGUGGCCAUUUUCAACAACCAACAUUCAUCCCGGCCUACUUGUUGAAACUCGACAAUAAAGACGUAAUCACUUGCCUUCAAAUCUGUCAUGCUGGUUUCAUAGCUGUUGGGUACAAGUCUGGAAGACUUAUUGUGUGCGACAUUGUGCGUGGGCCUGGAAUCAUGUUGAACCUUGAUUCAAUCACACAACAUUUGCCCUCAGUAUCCGGAGAGUGUUACGUCACCAGCAUAGAGUUUACAAUCAUGGAAUACGGUCAAGAAGGGUUCUCGUCUCUUUUAAUGCUUGUUGGAACUAGCGCAGGAGGCAACUUUCUUGUUUUCAAACUCGUUCCACAAAGAAACGGUGCCUUUGCAGCAGUCUUUGCCGAUAAGACCCUUGGUCUCAACUAUAAACCCGCAGAUGGCCUGGGAGAAACUGGUAUAGAUCUGAUUAUUCCAAUCAAUUCGGCCACAGGUGAAUCCGCAGUUGCAACCAUGGAGAAUUUUCAAAGACUUGCCCAAAACAUCCUCGUUCCAGGUCUUAUAUUGUGCGUCUCAAAGAGAGAUCUCCGUACGUUGAAAUUGCCUAAACAGAAACUAGCUCAUAAAGUCGUGGAUGAAUCAUGUUUCUGUAGUGGCGUCAUCCAACUCAGGGAGAAGGGAGCUGUUCUUGCAACAAUAACCCAAUCCGGCUUCAUUAAGCUUUUCAGCCUUCCUUCUCUCAGUGAUGUUGGUGACAUCAAGAUCUCUUCUCUGAUUCUCCCCAAGCUUCAAUCUGGAUUGAGCACUGAGGCUGGUUACAAAUCUUGCAUUUCAAGCUCUGGAAACAUUUUCUCCUGGCUCAGUGCUACUGAAUGUAUGAAUUUGAUUUUAUAUGACGAGUCGAAAAACAAGUCUUUCAAGGAUAAGCCUACAGACAUGCUCUUCAAUGAAAAUGCGAUUAUUCCACCAAGGCCCACUUCAAGCGCUUUACUGUGGGCCAAGGGUCAAACCACAUUCAUCACACCAAAGGAUCUAGCUUUGUUGAUUGCAGGUCCAAAUAGAAAAGCACCAAAACACACGGAAAGCGAACUUGCCUAUAACAUAAGCCCUGAGGCAAACCCUAACCAAGCGUAUGGAGCGUACGGUGGAAGUAGCAACAAAAAAGCCCAAAGUGAGUCCCCUUACGCAGAACCUGUGAGAAGAAGUACUCAAACCAAUCCAUACAACUUUGGCACACAGGGAUUCAUGAAGAGUAUACGCGACGGAAUGGAUUCAGUAGAGGAGACAGUCAACAACUACGCAAGUGGAUUCUCAGAGACGAUGAAUGACACCGUUGAAUCACAGAAAAGAUCGAUGUACAGCCUGGCAGUUAAAAGUAAAUUUGGUUUUUAG